UCGCAAACAUUACGUAGUUUUUUGCAGCGUGAACUCUAUUUCUCAACAGCUUUUUGUAAGUUUUGAUAGACAAUGACAACAUUACGUCAAUUCAGAUGUGAUGAUUUGUUUCGUUUCAAUAAUGUGAACCUGGAUCCAUUAACAGAAAUUUAUGGCUUGCCAUUCUAUCUUUCCUACAUGGCACAUUGGCCAGAAUAUUUUCAAGUGGCUGAAUCACCUGAUGGGAAAAUAAUGGGAUACAUCAUGGGCAAAGCAGAAGGGCACGUCGCUACUGAACAAUGGCAUGGUCACGUGACAUGCUUGAGUGUAGCCCCGGAAUUUCGCAGAUUAGGACUGGCAGCAAAAUUGAUGGGAGGGCUUGAAGAAACUUCUGAAAAAAAGAAGUGUUUCUUCGUUGAUCUCUUUGUGCGUGUUUCAAACGACAUCGCUGUGAAUAUGUACAAGAAACUUGGUUAUGUUGUCUACAGAACAGUGUUGGAUUACUACUCAGGCGAUCCUGACGAAGACGCAUACGACAUGCGCAAAGCAUUGUCACGUGAUGUACACAGAAAAUCUGUCAUUCCGUUAAAGCAUCCAGUUCGGCCUGAGGAUAUCGAUUGACAAAUGUGGAUAUUGGUUAGUGCAAUCCUCGCACUUGCUCUAGCCAUAGCAUUUAUUGUACUUAAUACUACUAUCAUUUGGCAGAUUCUUGGCUACUUCUUAUUGACUUUUAUUGUAAUAGGCCUUGUUUAUCUGUUUCAGUAAAACAUGUUUGUUUUUGCUGCAGAAAUAAACUGUAUAUUUUUUUUUAUUCAGAAGGUGUAAACAUGAUUUUGUGGGUUUUUUUAAAAAAAAUAACUCAUUUCUGUAUUAAUCAUUUCUGUGAAAUAUCUUUUUUAUUCAA